GUGUGGCCUCCUGUGUCUGUCCAAUCUCCAUAAAGUUGCCUAAUAAUCCACCUUUGUUCUUGCAUCUGAGUCUUCUUCUAGAGUUUUCGCUCUUAAAUCUUCGAUUUGGAUCUCACUAGAUACUUCAGGACUACUUGCCGAAUACUUCCGACAACUUGAGUAUAAGCUUAAGAUACGCCACAAUACCUAUAUAUCCCUCAUUAGUACCUAGUGAAUACGAGCAAUGGCUUGCUUAAUUGAUCGGAAGAGACCUACAAAGCCGCAUGCGAGGCAAAGGUCUUUGUUCGAUAUGGUCUCGACAACUAUCCCUUUGUGCGCAGGUUGAGGAGGUGAGGUGGAAAUGGAAAUGACAAAAGCAUAUCGAGAUUCAAUGCCCUACUGGGUAUCAUUCACCAUGGCUCACUACGCACUAUACGAAUUUUGUCGAUACGACAUCGACGAUGUUUUCGGUAGACUUCAGUUUGAGGAGGUUCAGUGUCUCGACUCUAUUGUGGAGUUGGCUACUCUUCAGAUCGCGAUGCGAUGAUGUUUCGACAGAUGGAGGCACAUCCGAGCUAGGAGUUGUGGGGGUGCCUGGUAUAGAAGUCGAAACAGUUACACUUACGACAACAAUAGCCUACAACCCAGAUCAUACUGGCAGAGACACAACCGAUACAAACGAUGACGGUACUCAGAGUGGGGAUGCUGAGGAACCCACACCAACGUCUACGGAUACUGAGGCAUCACUUUCUUUACCUACUGCUGCUUCACAGGCAAGUACAGAUGGAUCAAAUAAACCAACAAAAGCAUCCAUGUCUUCCUCAUCACCUACACCAUCAACAUCGAUCUCAGAUACACCAGGAACACUUCCCUCAUCUGCUAUCGGUGCGAUAGUGGGAAGUAUAUCAGGAGCCAUCAUCCUCUCCGCCGCUAUUUUCCUUUGCUUCCGAGCAUAUAAGCGCAAGAAGCAGCGAGAAGAAGCACGUGAGAGCAUGGAACUCGAUAAGCCACAGGAGGAUAGGAAAUGGCACCCUCGCCGACUAAUCCCAAGCACCAUCGAUACCACUGGACUUCAUCGACCGCGUGACUUUGAUGGGAACGAUAGAAAUGCUGCUAGACAUGCACACGGGGGAAACGAUGCGAACAUAGGCCUCGCAACGGACGGCUCAGAUAUGGUCCCCACAACGCCGGCUCUCGAGGCCGGUGGACGGCCCCACACCGGUCUACACUCCCGACGCAUAUCAACCGCAUCGCCAUCUACUUCCAGAAGAGAUAGCUUAUACAAUAAGCUCCUAGAUGAAGUGAAAGCUGGUCCCGCGCAACCUCAGCUCUCAACCCCAACAGCAGCGAGCUCAGCUGUAGAGUGGCGAGACUCACAUACGCCUUCCACCUCUCCCGCGGGAGCCUUCAACUUCGAUUUCAACAGAAACAACAGAAAACCCUCUUCUGGCCCCGGCUUUAUGGUAACGAACCCAACGCCGGUUGCGCGCCCCGAGGGUACCUUAGGUGAUCGCGCUUGGCACAGAGGUAAGAUGUUUCCAUUGUUCCAGCCACCAAAAACUGGACCACCUUCGAUGCCAUUGCCGCCCACGCCGCCACCACGGACCCAGAGAUCUAUUGAUAGUGUGAUAUUAUCGCUUGCCUCCGGAUCAACAUCAAGGCCUAAGCAGCAGUCUGUUGGUAACCGUAGCGGAGAUGCAAAAGGAGGUCUUGGGUUGACUGAAUCGACUGAGGCGUUGAUACUACCGCAAAGCAUGUACAAACUUGAAGAGCCGGCGAAUAUAAGUACGAUAGCACUAGGACCUUCACCAGGGCCAACGCCACCACCAAAAGAUGAUCCGUUCACAUUACCAACAGACGGUCUUUUCACAUUACCAGAAGGCGAUCUUUUCACAUUACCGAACACUCGCUAUGAAGGACCGAAAAACGAAGGCGAUGUAAAAGGCAAGGGCAAAGAUAUGAAACCAAGUGAAAGACAGAAAACGCGAUCACCAACGGAAUCGCCAACGUUGCCUCUAAUUUCUCAGGACGGGCAAUCGGAUGUAGCGCCAUGGAGUAGUAUGAUGCAUGCAGCAGGUGUAGGAGACCAGGGAAUGGCUAGUAAAGAAAAGGGAAAAGGAGAAAAACAAGAACACGAACAAGGGCAAGAGCAAGGAAAACCGAAGCGACGCGAUUCGUGUAGUACGGUCGGGACGAGUAUUCUUUUCCCAUCGGAGGACGAGUCCUAGACAUGGAAGUCUUCGGACUGGACAGGGAAAUAGAG